GAUGGUAUUGGCCUCCAGGCGGUAUCCCACAGUGCACCACUGUGACCACUCUGGAAAGCAAUCUGAACUCAGAUGCACUGGCCAGGCAGACAGGAAAAGCCCCGCGAACUUUUGAAUUUCAUUUCCUGUUUGGCCAGCGUGGAGAGCUCACCAGCACAGGUAACAAUGCAGUCUCCUGAGAAUCAAAAAAGAGCUCCAGCAUGGACCGCACGGGAGGUACUGGAUCUGAUCACUAUAUGGGGAGAGGAUUCCAUGCUAACAGAACUCCGUUUCAAAAGACUAAAUAAAAAAACCUUUGAAAAAAUUUCCAAGGGCAUGAUGGAGAAAGGCCACACCAGGGACUCAGUGCAGUGCCGUGUGAAAGUUAAGGAGCUCAGACAAGCCUACCAGAAAACCAAAGAAGCAAACGGAAGGUCUGGGGCAGGGCCGAAAACAUGCCGCUUCUACGCUGAGCUGCAUGCAAUUCUAGGGGGGUCCACUACCACUACCCCACCUCUGUCCGUGGAUUCCGAGGUGGUGGUGGUAAUCUCAGCCAUGGCUGAGGAUUCUGUGGACGGGGAAGAUGAGGAAGAAGACGAGGAUGAGCUUGCAGAGAGGACACAGCACUCCGUUCUCCCCAACAGCCAGGAGCUUUUUCUCACCCAGACAGAAUUACCCUCCCAGCCCUCCCAAGCCACUAGCCCAGACAAUGAAGCCAUGGAAGCGACCUCUGCCUCCCUACUCCAUCCCGAAGGCUAUCUCAGAUAAGGCGGAGGAAAAAGAAGACGCGAGACGAAAUGUUCUCGGAAAUCAUGGAAGUAACCCGCAAUGAAAGAACUCAUCUGAAUGAGUGGAAGGACGUGGUAGCAAAAUACAGGAAAGAUGCCAGUGAACGUGAGGACAGGAGGGACCAACGUGAG